AUUACGAAUUUUAGAAUAUCGAGAUCGAAACACAACGGUAGCUCGUUCGUUCCGUUCUUGGAGAAAGAAGUCUAGAAAUGCUUCGAGUACGUUAUUUAUUCUACCUCGGUUUAUUCUGUUAUUUAUUGGACCUUCAUCAGAUCGGCUCAGAUGCCCUAAGUUUAUUGCCGAAGAAGAAGGACAAGUCGGAGAGCGCAGAGUCGGACAAGAAUGCAAAAGAAAAUGUUGGCAAAGCUAAAGAACGUAAUAGGAAGUCUACAAAAUGUCUCUGCACGAUAAAUCAAGGGAGACUGAGUCAGGAGAACACUUACAGUAUCCGUUCAACCCCCACUGUAGCUGGCUGAAAAUUGUCAGGCCUAUUGGUUUGCAAUCGAAUUGUUUACUCAACGAUAUCAUCGGAAUUUACAAAACUAUUAAGAAGUAUUCCUUAGCGAUCGAAGCUUUUGUAUAAAAUUUGAUUAAGCGUCUGUGCUAAAUGAUACUUACCAAUCAAUUUCUAUGUUAAUUGAUAGUCUGGUCGGUAUUAUGUGUUUUGUUAUCACUAAUUUUUGACUUGUGUAUAUUGAAAUAAUAUAAUUGGAAGCCGCUAGCAUGCAUAUCAAUUUUUAUACAGCUAUAUCCGAAAAGUAAAUAGAACG